UUGAUUUGGCAGUGGGAAAAGUUUCCACCAAGUUGCUGAUGGUGCAGGUUGCGUAACACUGUGGCUCAUAUAAAUGUAUGUGGUGAUGUGAUGUAUGUGAGUGCAAAGUGUAGAGAAACAGACAUGAUGAAGUUCAUGGUCCUCGCCGUCCUCAUCUCUGCUGCCUACGGGUGCGGCGUGCCAGCGGUCCCUCCUCUGCAGGGCAGGGUGGUUGGAGGGGAGGACGUCAAGCCCCACAGCUGGCCGUGGCAGAUUUCUCUGCAGUACAACAGACAGGGCGAAUGGAGACACACCUGUGGAGGGACUCUGAUUUCAGACCAGUGGGUCCUCACUGCCGCCCACUGCAUCAGCAGCAGCAGAGAGUACAAAGUGGCUCUGGGAAAACACAAUCUGAUGGAGACGGAACCCAACGCUGUGCUCAUGGGCACUGCAAAAAUUAUUGUGCAUGAGAAGUGGAACCCGCUGUUCAUUCGUAAUGACAUCGCGCUGAUCAAGCUGGAGUCCCCCGUCAGCUUCUCAGACGCCAUCAUGGCUUCUUGUCUCCCUCCUGCAGGUUUCAUCCUCCCCCAUAAUGAAUCCUGCUUCGUUACUGGAUGGGGUCGGAUCAAAACUGGAGGUCCGCUGGCUGAGAUCCUGCAGCAGGCUCUGCUCCCCGUGGUGGACUACAACACGUGCAGCAAGUCUGACUGGUGGGGCUUCCAGGUGAAGGACACCAUGGUCUGUGCAGGUGGAGACGGAAUUGUGUCCGGUUGCAACGGAGACUCUGGAGGACCUCUGAACUGCCUGAAUAAGAGCGGUGCCUGGGAGGUUCACGGGAUCGUCAGCUUUGGUUCCGGAAUCAGCUGUAACUUAUACAAGAAGCCCACCGUUUUCACCCAAGUCAGCUCAUACAUCGACUGGAUCAACUCCGUAAGCUCUCGCCGCCCGACCCGUUAA